UUCUCAUCUUCCUUAUUCUCACUCUACUACAAUGACUCCCUCAAUUUGGUUUAUUGUGACAAACAAAAAGUUAACCAAUAUAUAAACAAAAAGUUUUCAUCUUAUUGUUAACAGUUUCAAUUAGUAUCAACGUUGAUUAACUUUAAUCCAGUUAAACUAAAUAAGAGAGACAAAAGUUGAUUAGUUGUUGAUUUACAAUUUUCAACCAACACAAAGUAUCAGCUUUAUAAUUAUUAUUGAUUCUGUGAAAUUUACGAUAAAAGUUUUGACCAAAAUUAUUUUACCAACGAUAGAAAAAGUUAACAAUUAAACAUUGGAACUUAUAAUUAAUCAAAGGAAAUUGUUUGACAAUUGUUUGUUCAUUAAUUACCAAAGGAGAACCAAUAAAGUUUAAAGUGAUUAUCCAAUCAAAAGAUAAAUUAUAUGAAUUUGUAACAAUUAAACACGAUUCAAAAUGAGGAUUAUCCCGUUAAUUAGUAUUCUUUUAAUCUUCUACCUGGAUCAAGCUUCAUCAGAUUAUACAAGGUUAAGUGUCCAUUUGGAUGAUAUCGAAUCGUCAACUGCCGUUUAUCAUGACGAUGUUGAUCCAAGUGAACCAACGUCCAGUAUUGGGUCAUCGUCGACCACAAAUCAUUAUUAUUAUCCAGGUUCAUCGACCACUACUCCCAAUUAUGUGAAUAGUGAUUCUGGUGAUUCAAUCAAAUCAAAUGGUGAAAAUGAUUCCAGUGGGUCAUCAUCAUCAUCAUCAUUGACCAGUGGUACUAAUGGAAACAAAGAGGAUCCAUUACAGAAAAUAUUACCCAAAGUUAAAUUUAAUUGUUCGGGUCGAGCUGAAUCUUAUUAUGCUGAUCCUGAUUUUAAUUGUGAAGUUUUUCAUUAUUGUAAAACAAAUGGAUUUAGAUUUACUUUUGUAUGUCCACCUCGAUCUCAAUUUAAUCAGAAACAAAUGACCUGCGAUUAUGAUAAACCAGGAGAUUCACUUUGCUCGAAAUUAAAUUCAACUGAAAAUAACGAUUCAAGUGCAAAAGAUAAUCAUCAUCACCAUCAUCAAGAAUCAACACCAAUUGACAGUGAAUUGAUUACAGUUUUAGGUUCAACUACUGAGAAUCCAUUUACACCAAUGACCAUCACAAGCACAACCACCAACACACCAACAUCAUCAUUAUCAUCAUCAUCUUCAUAUUCAUUACCUGAUUGGCCUCACAGAGGAGAUGGACUAUCAUCAGCUGAUAAGCAUGAUUUAGCUUAUGGAUUUGAGCCAAUUGAUUCUGGUCCAAGGCCUUAUGGUCAUUUUCCAACAUCAUCAUCUUCAUCUUCAUCUUCAUCUUCAUCUUCAACAGAUGAAGAAGAUUUGAAUCGAGGAAAUUCACAUGAUGUCCAAGAAACGAGUAAAAAACCUUCGUUUGCCGAUCCACCGAAUGAAGUUGAACAUUCAUACAAAACUUCAUCUUCUUCGUCUAAGUCGAACGUUGAUUUAGCUACUGUUUCCACAGAAUCGAUUCCAGAUAUCGCAAUUUCAAAUGGUUCACCAAUUUCUCGAGGUUAUUCAUCACCAAUGCCCGAUAUUCAUGAAGACUCAAAUCGAGAUAAUUCAAAUUCUGGUGGGUUCAAGCCUUUUUUCUUGGAUAAAAAUUCACCAGCAGGAGGACCAAGAAAAUAUUCAACAGUCGCUCCUCCAAUUCUUGAAAUUGAAGCUGCUGAUAAUUCAGGAAAAGUUGACCAUCCAAUUUCAAUGACCACAAGCUCAUCAAUUGGACCAGCUUAUUCAACAUCAUUAACACCAGCAUAUUCACCACCAACCUCAUCAUCGUCUUCAUGCUUUUCACCAUCUUUGUCUUCCUCUUCCUCUUCAUCACCAUCAUCAUCCUCUUCUUCAUCUUUUACACCAUCAGUCUCAACAACAACUCCAUUACCAACAAGUUUACCGACUUCUCAACCAUCGACAAUAUCAUCACCACCUCGAUCAAAAUAUCAUUCACUUGAUGAUGGAAAUGAUCUUAAACCUUUAACCAAGAUUACGGUUCAACCCAUUGACUUAAAUUACCUCAAUUCUAAUCGUCAAAAGACAUCCAAAGGUUCAUCACAGAAAAAUGCUCAAAGAUUAACACCAUUGACAUCUAGUGCCUACUAUUCACGUCCAUUGACCACAACAAUGGACAAAGAUGCUUAUAGCAAUAAGGUUAUCGGAAACAUCGGUGGUAAAAGUAACACUUUAAAUGGAAACAAUGGAAUAACUAAUAAUCUAAAUUCUAAAUCGAGAGUAAAUAAACCAACAAAAUAUUCGACCUAUUCUUUAUUCAAUGAUAAUAUACAACGACCAACAAGUCCACAUUUAUCACAAUCAACCAAUGGUAAAAAAUCUACAAAUUCAAUCAAUUUUUUUUUCGAAAUUACGAAUUCUCAUCUAAUUGAACUUUGUUUUCUAGUCUCACCAGGCCAGUUAUCUGCUUCCAUAUCAUCGAUAUCAUCGGCACCGACCGUUAGCUCCGCUUUCCUGGAAAGUCAAGCAGCUAAAUUUGCUCAAAUGGCGAAAUUAAAUCUUGAGAAAGCAAAUUCACAUCGAGAUCCUUUUGGUUUUGAUUAUUCGGCUCUUUCUCAAGCCGAGGUACCGAUUUACAGUCCAAUCUAUGAUUCUUUCCAUCCUGGUGGUCAAAGGGCAACAUUGACCACAGCUAAUUCACAGUUACAAGAUAAAUUUGUCUCUGAAAAAGAGCAACUUUUCAAGAAACUAAGGCAACAAUAUGCACAAGAUCAGAUUCGUAAGCAAUUACAUCAAUCAUUAACUGACCAUGUUGUUGGUCAACAAGGUCAACACUUACAACAGCAGCAAUCUGGCAACAAUGCAAUUGGAGGACAUUCAUCAUCAUCUUCAUCACUAUUUCCAAUCUCAGGUAAACCAGCAUCUCUAUCAAAUCUGUCACCCGGACCAGUGGUCACACCAAAUGUUGGACCAAACAUGAUGUCGACCGCAGCAAGUUCAUCGUUAUUACAAAUGGUCCAGGGUAAUCCACUUAUGCCAAGUAUAACACUCGAUGAAGAUGAGGCCAAAUAUCCUGACUAUUUUUACGGACUUCCAAAGUUAUCGGUUCUAUCCCAACCUCAGUCACUUCCUGGAUUACCGUUAGAUGGAAACAAAAACAAACUUGGACAACAACAACAACAACAACAACAAGGACAAAUGGACGCAUAUCGAUUGCCCAUCGGUAAACGACCUGCUAAUCCGGUUCAGUCGAGCUCAUCUUCUUCCAUUGUCUCAUCUCUCCAACGUCUUCCAUGGUUCAAUUCAAAAGGAUCUUCACCUUCAUCGUUACCGGAAAAUUUAGCCGCUUCGGCUUCAAGUAAUGAUCAAAGUGUCUCAUUCGCUUCGUUGUUUGAUCAAACACCAUCUCCAUCAAAUACUAAUAGUCAACAAUCAACCCGAAGAAUACCAUUUCUAUCACAGAUAAGCAAGUUUUUCAGCUCAGCUUCGUUUCCCAGGCCAUCGAAUAUUUUCCCACAAAUUACCGCUAAAUCAUCGUUAAACUAUCCAUCACCCUACGAUCAAUUGUCAGCAAUUAACUCUGGAUAUUCAAACUUUUUCCAAAACAAUGGUUUAUCACAAUCACAAGGUUUGAAUUCAGGGUCACUUUUUGGUCAACAAUCAAGUCGAUCACCUUUGAACAUGAUGACCAAUGAACAAUCAUCAUCUAUUUAUCAACAAGGAUCAACAAUGAAUAACAAUAGACCAACUCAGAAAAUAAAUCGACGACAUUUUUCACCUUCAUGGGAGGAAAGUUUUGCUUCCACCUCAAUGUUAGAGCCAAUUGUUGGAUAUAAUCGUCGAUCAUCAAAUGGACCAGUUAGUUUUGACUAUUCUCGUGGACCUAAACCUUUUUUCUCAAUUGAAUCAGGAAAAGAUGGUUGGGCUCCAUCGGCACCACUAACUGGACACUCUCACAAUCGACGAGAGAUUAAACAUGAACCGGAUACAUUUAAUCACGACUCUUAUCAUAAUCAAGAGAAACAUUCAUCACGAAGUAAACGUUCAUUACGUUUAACCAAACCCGAAUAUCGAUUCUCAUCUCCUUUUAGUACUCCAUCAUUUUCACUUUUCCCUCGACUUUUUAACGGACUUCGACCUAAUUCAUUAACCUUCCUAACCAAUCCAAAUAAAUUGGUCUUCGGCGGAGGAAUGGGACAAGGUUAUACUGCCGCAGCUUCAACAUUAGGACCAACUUUCCUUUCACCAAGUUACACACCUUCGAUAAGCCCAUAUACCCAAGGAUCUUAUAUGGGGACAACUUUAAGGCCAGUUUUUACCCGACAAUAUGAUACCACCGGUUACAGUCAUUUACCUUUUGCCUCGGUAACCUCACCAACCUUUUCACCUUAUGCCUCAAGCGGACAAGCCUCGAGUUUAGGACUUAGUCCACAUUAUGGUCAUCACCAUCAUCGUGGUUUAAAUCUAGAAUCACAUUUUCCGUUAUCUUCAUUGACCUAUGAAGAUGAUCUGAAACAACGACUCCUAGCUCAGCCCAAAUAUCUUCAAACCUUUGACAGGCCAAAUUUAAAGGGAACUUCGGGUUUUUAUGAGACUGGUGAUUUUAAUCCUUUGUCCAUCGAUUUAAAUGAAUUGAAUGAAUACGAUUCACCGCCAAUUUAUGAAGCAUAUUCGAAGAAAAAUUCUAAAGAUUAUGAUUCGAAAGAUUAUGAUUCUAAAGAUUAUUAUUAUCGACCGGUAUCAAUGCAUAAAGGAACUUCGAAACGUCCACCCAAACGUGAAAAGGUUCCAGGUCAUUCUUAUCAUGAUAAAUCAUCUUCUUCCUCUCUUGAACCAACUCAACAUUCAUCAAGUCAACAUCAUCCAUCUUCCAGUGGUGGUGAUGAUACAUCUUAUUCUGAUGCUCCACAUUCAUCACCUUCAUCUUCAUCUGUUCACAUGGAUGAUGAUUCUUAUUAUAAGGGUUCGUCAAACUAUCAUGGUUCAAAUUCAUAUGAACAAGGAACAGAUUCAGGUCCAGCUUAUAUGGACAAGGAAAGAGAGCCCGAAAUUUAUGAGGAUGUAGGUGGACAUUCAGAAAUGAUUUCAGGAGGACGAGGAUCAAAUGGAGGUUCAAAUAGCGGUGGCGAUGGUCGUGAUCAUGGUUAUGCUCAUCAUCCUCAUCAUCAAUCAGGUUACGAUUAUCAUUCUGAUGGUAAAAAGUACGAUCAUUAUUCAAGUAUUGACCAUUAUCCUGAUGAUGGUUAUGAUGAUGGUAUCGGUUCAGGAGCAAUGGUCAGUGGUCAUCAUGAUGCAUCAAUUGAUUAUGGCUCAUUGGUGCCACCUUAUGCCAAAGAGUUACCCUCUGACCCAAAUUCAAAAUCAUCCUCAUCAACCGGUGGUGUCAAUUAUUCAACAAUUUCUGAAAUUUAUAGACCCUCACUAACUAUUCAUCAACAUCGUAUUCACCAUGUAACACCUUCACCUUCACCUUCACCCUCAUCACAAGAUUACCAAGAAUCAAAUCAAUAUACUCCAAAUGAUCAACAUUACGUUAAACAUGAAAUGGUUUCCAAUUUAAAACUCGGAAACGGAAAAGGAGACACUUAUUCAAAGGGUAAUCAUCAGGGUAACGAUUAUAUAACCACAUCUCAAGGUAAUAGUGGUCGACCAGUAGAAUCAAGUAAUUCAGUUAAUCACAAGGAGAAUAACUUUAAACUUGAAGUAAUCGAAGACGAUUAUGAUAACUCAUCACCACAAUCACCGAUAAGAUCAAAUAAACAAUCAACAGGAAAUAAACAAAUUGUUUAUGAUGAACAACAACAAUCUAAAAAUUAUGGUUAUGCACCACAAUCAAAUAUGAAAUAUCCAUAUGAUUAUGAGAAUACAAAGAUUUAUAUUAACCAUGGUGGCUCAGAUCCAGGGCGACCUUAUUUGGGUGAAGCGGCUUAUAAUCCAAAUGGAUACGGUACCGAUUCGGGUAAUGUUGAUUCAGAUUAUGGUUCAGAUUCUGGUAAAUCCUAUUACCCUGAACCCGAACAGAUAAACACACCAAUGAUUAAUUAUGAUAGUAAAAAGCAAGCAAAUGCUAAUGUUAAUCAUAAGGAAACUAAAGUUAAUCAUCAGCCUCAACAACCCCAACAACCACAACAACAACAUCAAAACCACCAGAAUCACCAACAACAACAACACCAACAACAGCAACAAAAUAAAGUAUCACUUUUCAAUCGGUAUAAUAAAGGGUCAACCAAAGUGACCAAAGAAUUGAAAACAUCGGUACCAACAAUGAUUACUGAGAAAUCGCCGGCAUCUUCAUCAUUACCAAGCGUUUCCAAAGUUCAUUUACCAGAAUCAACUUCAUCUCAUCCGAUUACAACAGUAACUCUUAAACCAACAGCUUCGAGCACUGAACCUUCAGGUACACCUCGACCUCAACCAACUCGAUUAGCUUCAGGUUCAGCUUAUUCAUCGGCUGCUCGAAAUCGUAAUACAAUAAACCACCACCAGCAUCAUCAUCAUCAAAGUCAAUCCAAUCAAAAUAGUAACUCUGAUGGUUCAAGUGAAAUGAGUUCUUCCACCGAGAAAUCGGUCGCAAGCAAGGUCAGUUUAUUUAAGAAACAACGACCCGAGUUUACCAAAUUAGCAUAUAAAUAUAAACCCUCAGCAUACCAGCAAUCGCGUCGUGAGGCCAAUAAGCCGGGUUCGACCUCAUCGUCUCCAUCAUUGCCAUCAGAAUCUGUACCUUCAAUACCAACACCUUCAACUAGUACAACAACAACAACAUCAACGACAACAACAUUGAAACCCGAUACAAGGUACACAGUUUCAUCGUUACAUUAUUAUCCAGAAAAUUCUGGUCUAUCUUCAUCAUCACUAGUAUCAUCUGCAUCUUUAUCAUCGUCACCCGCUCAACAACAACACCAACAACAUCAACCAUCAACCAAAUCAAGUGUAGCCACACAAUUGGUUGCUACAUCAACCUACCAGCCAACCACAGCUCGUAAUCAUGUAACAACCAGCUCAUCGUCAUCAUCAUUAUCAUCACCACCAGCCGAUUCAUCAAGUCCAGUGCCAACAUCCUUGGGAGAUUUAGAUUUAGCCUCGUAUGGUGUUAGGAUUUUCAAAGGGUCAGGAGGAGUUGGAACAACUAAACGACCUUCGGUCAGUGUUAAAGCCUCUUACAGUACCGUAUCUUCAUCGUCAUUACCGCCAGUUAGCGCUUGGAAGGAGAGGAAACGAGAUGAACAAUCAAAGAAACAGGAACAAUAUAAGAAACAAUUAGUUGAACAACAAAGAGUUAGAGUUCAGCAGCUUUAUCAGGAAGCUAAAACUGGAUCAGAUGGAUCUUCAUCUUCAGCAUCCUCAUCCUCAUCUUCCUCAUCCUCAUCAUCAUCUUCAUCUUCAUCAUCUUUAACCUCAUCUUCAGAAUCUAAAUUACCUUCAAUAUCAGCAUUAGUCUCAUCUUCAUCUCCAAGUACAACCACUUUAAAACCUAUUCCAAGAUAUUCAGUAUCUUCACACCAUCAACACAAUCCAAGCAAUUCUGUAAUCACCUUAUCAUCAACAUCAUCACCACGAUCAUCAUCAUCAUCAUCAUCAGUAACUUCCUCUUCAUUGAGCAAGUUGAGUAAAUCAAUUAAAUCACUGAAAUCAUUGAAAUUGGCCACAGCAACUUCAUCUCCAUCAACACCUUCAACCCCCAUCGGGCCAACAUCAACAUCAUCCUCAUCCUCAUCCUCAUCAUCACCAUCAUCAACUUAUCAAUCAACAACAGCUCGAAGCAAUAAUCACAAUCAUCACAUAACAACAAGCUCAAGCUUAAGUUGAAAUGAUUUAAUUUAAUUCAUCACUUUUGAUGAACCAAAAAAUUAUCCCAAACUUUUAAUUGUCUUUACAAUCAACAACCAAAAAAGGGAGCGAAAACUUUUGUUAUCUCAAUACAAUCCCAUUGAUGAUUAUCAAUUAAAUGCUCAACAAUUAACUGUCAAUUGUUAGUAACUAAUUAAUCAUCCGUCAUUGGUUUAAUUCAAUUGUCAUGUUGAUAUAAUAAUAAUUUUGUAAUAAAUAAUCAAUAAAAACAAAUAUCAACUUUAACGUUUCCUUAAUUGUUGUUAAUAUCCUUAAAUUGUUGAUACUUUUAAUAUCAUAAUGAUAUUUGCUAACUAAUUAUCAUUGAUUACCUGUGUCAAUCUAAUUACUUAAUUUACAAUUAAUCAAGAUGAUAACAAUUAUA